GAAAAAAACAAAGACCAGAGCCAUGGUGUUAAAACUCCACCUGCUAGACUUCUCUUUCUCAGAUCAUUCACAAACCAGAAAACUACUCUGCACACUGUUCAUCGCUUUCAUAUACUCAGAUCCUCAGAUGAUGAUGACUGGAGCAAGCCAUGAGAUUGCACCUGAUGAGUUUCAUCAGAUUCCUCGUGUUAUCACUCCUUUUCCUGCUCCUAAACUCUCCCACUUACCUAUGUUUCAAGGUGAUCAUAAAGAAAGCUUGUAUUGGGGAACUUAUCGUCCACAGGUCUAUUUUGGAGUUCGUGCCAGAACUCCUCAGUCUCUUGUUGCUGGCUUGAUGUGGCUCGGUGAUGAGAAAGAUGAUGAUGGGAAGCAUGUGAUGAGACAUUUCUGUGAAAACUCUCAAGAUCUCAAGUCAUUUGGCUGGAGAGAACACAAUGGGGUAGAUUUUGGGAGGCAAGAGCUUCUUGAUCAAGAUAUGAUAUUGGAGACAAGUUUUGUCAAGUCUAAAGAGGGAAGCCUUGGUUAUGGAGGGGAUUGGUCUGUUCGAAUCAAUCGUAUAAACAAAGGGUUGAAUGAUGAAGUAAAGAGAACCGUACAUCUCUUCUUCUAUCUAACUGAUGAAGGUGGCAAUGUUCUAAAUUUAGGAAAAAAUGUAUUGGAUCUUAAAGAGAGUUCUGUCUUGGCUUCUGGUUCACGUGCAGACGUAGGAAACUGGCAGAUGCACUUAAAAUCAGAGGCUCAUAUUGAUGCACAUUAUUGCGGUUUCAAGACGCCUGACAUUGUCAAUCUUUCUGAUGCUGUUCAGAAAAAUCUCGCUGUACAGGAAAACAAAUCUGGAAGACUUCAGCUCUCUGACACAUCAGAGGAUUCUUCCAGCAUUUAUGUUUUUCAGAUUUCAACAACGACUCAGUCUACUAUUGAUAUUGCCUUUGUCUCUGGGAUAAGAGGAGAAAGUUCUCACGUGGAACAGCGUAUAAUGAGUCUUACAGGUUCACCACUCUCUAGUCUACUUGAAGAGAAACAUAUAGCUUUUGAUGCAAAGUUCAAGGAAUGCUUCCACCUUUCUGAAAAGCUUGAUUCUGAAACUUUGAUGGUUGGUAAAGCUGCAAUUGGGAACAUGCUUGGUGGAAUUGGUUACUUCUAUGGUCAAUCCAAAAUUAAGGCUCCCAAAAGUACUCAGGCUAAAAGUGAGGAUGAGUUCCUGCUAUAUUGGCCAGCUGAACUGUACACAGCAGUUCCAAGCCGGCCAGUAUUUCCUAGAGGAUUUUUGUGGGACGAAGGUUUUCAUCAGUUGUUGGUCUGGCGCUGGGAUUUCCGAAUAACCUUGGAGAUCCUUGGAAACUGGUUAGACUUGAUGAACAUAGAUGGAUGGAUACCGCGUGAGCAAAUCUUGGGAGAUGAAGCUCUGAGUAAGAUUCCAAAGCAGUACGUUGUUCAGAUCCCAAGUAAUGGCAAUCCACCUACACUACUUUUGGUGAUACGCGACCUGAUAAAUGGGAUAAGGGCAGAGAAAUUUAACAAGGAAGAAAGAGAUGAAAUCUUGUCAUUCCUUGACCUUGCUUUUGUUCGGCUAGAUGCAUGGUUUCAAUGGUUCAAUACCUCCCAGAAAGGGAAGGAGAUGGGAAGUUACUAUUGGCAUGGCAGAGACAGUUUAACAAAUCGGGAACUAAACCCUCAGUCUCUUUCCUCGGGUUUUGAUGAUUAUCCUCGAGCUUCACACCCAACUGAAGAUGAGAGGCAUGUAGACCUGAGGUGCUGGAUGUAUCUUGCAGCAGAUUGCAUGAACUCCAUCAUAGAGUUUCUUGGGGGAAAAGGCAGACCUGUUACGGUGGAUUACAGCUCAACUGUCAAGCUGCUGUCAGAUUUCAAUCUCCUGAAUCAGAUGCACUAUGACCAUGAUCUUGGGGCUUACCUCGACUUUGGUAACCAUACAGAAGAUGUUCGUUUAGUCUGGAAAGAGGUAACUGGAGAGGAUGGUCGUGUAUCUCGAGAGCUGGUAAGGGAGACAUUUGGGAAGCCAGAGCUAAGAUUGGUUCCUCACAUUGGUUACGUCAGCUUCUUUCCCUUCAUGUUUAGAAUCAUCCCACCUGCUUCUUCAAUCCUCGAGAAACAACUGGAUCUCAUUUCAAACAAGAGCAUUGUAUGGAGUGACUAUGGAUUACUUUCACUUGGCAAAACUAGUUCUUUGUACAUGAAGUAUAACACAGAGCACGAAGCACCAUAUUGGAGAGGUGCAAUAUGGAUGAACAUGAACUACAUGAUUCUUUCUUCCCUCCACCAUUAUUCUAUAGUUGAUGGACCGUACAUGGACAAGGCAAGAACCAUUUACGAGGAACUAAGGAGCAACCUGAUAAGGAACGUGGUUAGAAACUAUGAUCAGACUGGAUAUAUCUGGGAACAUUACGACCAAACAAAAGGAACUGGAGAAGGUGGACGUGUCUUCACCGGCUGGUCUGCUCUUAUCCUCUUAAUCAUGUCCGAAGAGUACCCUCUAUUUUAGGAAAUUUGAUUUCCAACCUUUGUAACUUUGAGCUUCAUAUCUUAC